AUGUUGCCAUCAGCUCCGCCAUUGCCUGAUUGUUUGCUGAAGUCUUAUUCUACGAGCAAUCCAUGCGCACCUCGGCAAAUCUAUAAAAAAGAUGAUCCUGAAUACGGUCGACCACCGAAAGGAAGCCGAACAGAACAACGUGGCCUUGCUGCUCAAGCACAUAUUCAACAAGAAGUUAAAUAUCUAUGUGAGAUCAUCAAAAGCAUGGGAACGAAAUUAGAUGAUUCGUCUACACCAACUUACGAAAUCACAUUCAAACAAUUAUUCGACUUUUACACAAAUAUCUCAAAUAAGUUAGUCGGCAUUUUACUUCGAGCACGCAAACAUGGUUAUAUUCAUUUCGACGAUGAACAUGAAGUUCUAUUUCAAGGCAAACAUGAUCAUGUCAAAAUUACUCUUCUUCAACUCCCAACGAAUUAA